AUUUAAUUUAUGAAAACAAUCAAGGUUGUCAAGGUUGUCAAUCAUUUCCAAAUAAUUUGCAUCGCUCAUUCUCUAAAAACUUGAAAAGGAUGAUGUGGCAAUUGUAUAAAGAGGGUUUAAACGACAGUUUAUUUGAAAAAAAUGUGCAUAAAUUUUUUUUUGCUAAUGUUAAGAUAAUUAACAGCAACUCUGUUAGAAAUUGUGUUUAAAUUUUUUUUAGUACUUGAAUUACUAGAUUCGUUAUAGCUGCACAAGUAAAAACCAGAAUAAAUAAAAGCCAUAUAAUCAAUGGCAUUGUAUAUAUGGUUUUCAAAAUCAUCAGCUGUUUAUCAUGGUUGACACUCCAGAUUAUUGGCUAAGCAUCUAUCUUUAAACGUCAAGUGAAUACUGUUAAUAAGAACACCUGGUAUUGUAGCAUCAAACUCAAGAGUAAGUUGGUGAUGGAAUUUAUUAAAACCAGCAUCAUUAGAAUCCUGCCAUCUAUAGAUGCAACUUUAUUAGAGCAACUUGCAACUAGUUUGGAGCUAGAUGUUGGAGUGGAGACUCAAGCAGAUCUUCAUUUAGUUACAUUUGAAGACUUGUUUGGCCUAAAACCAAUACAAAAACGAAAACUACUUCAAUCAUGGUUAUCAAAUAAUGUGGCUGAUUCCAACAUGUUGACACCAGCAUUGAUGACUUUGUCGUCACCAUGUAUACCCUGCUCUUCUACUGAAAUUUUAGCAGCAGAAGGAUCUUCUGCGGCAUCAAAUUAUUUUGGACCUUCUGAUUGGUGUUGUUUAAUGUACCAUGGGGAAAAAUAGAUAAGAAAACGAUUGAAAAACUAGAAUCCGGUGAACGUCUUAGUGCAACAGAAAGAACGGCAAUGGUGCGGAUAGUAUUGGACGAAGUUAGAUCAGUUUGUCUAAAGCCGUUGAAAAAACACUUGGAUAUUAUUGCAUCCAUAAUUGUUUUAAAAUAUCUAAAAGCAUUGAAGGAUGAAUACAAUGGUAAUUUGAUAGGUAGUGGUCAUGAUAGUCUGACAUUACAAUUAGUCAAUCGUUAUGAUUAUCUUCAGCGCCCACGUGGUGCUUUGCCAGAAGUGGAUUUUGAAGUAGAAAAGGUAUCUGCUCAAGACGAUGAAAAAAAACAUCCUUUUAUGAAUAGAAAGAGAGAUAGUUAUGGAUGUCUCAAUUGGGAAUGUACAGGAUUGCUUAGCUCACAGUCUACUCCAGCUGAAAAACUGUACAGGUUGCAGCGAAGUGCUAUAAAUGGGAACUUAAUUCUGCUCCCAGAAUUGAUGCAACAGUUUCCAGAGCUGUUUACGGUGAGCGGAUUACUGAAUCACUUUGAUGUGUUGAUGGGUGGCUUAAAAGCCACUGAAAAAUUAACAACUUCAUUAGCUGACCAAAAAUUAGCAGCAUUUUUGUUAAACUGUAAAUCUACAAAUGAACACAUAAAAAAAGCUAUGCAAUCAAUGGAUGAGCUAAAAGUUGCAACUGCUUCUGAUCUACCUGUGGCUCCUAGCUUGAUGACUGCAUUGGUCUUUCUUUUUGAUGAAAAGUUGCAUUGUCUUUUUUUGUUGAUGGAUGAAACAACUGACAUGUCUGAAGUUCCACGUGGUCAACUUCUUACUCCUCAUUUGUGUGUUUUAGGAGAUGCAUUGCUGACAGCAAAAAAGUUCGUUCUACUUGUUGACGGUAUUCCAAUAGUAGAGAACAUUACAAAUUUUACGAAAGCAUUUUGUUGUUUGUUUGCUUGUUAUUAUGUAUUCAACAUUCCUUAUCCAAAUGAAGUAUCAAAAACUUUAGAAUUUUGCCAGCGUGUUUUUUUUGGAAUCAAUCCUGAAAAGGGAUCGAAGUCGCGAUGCACAAAGAAGGCGAUGACUGUCAAUAGAACUGUGUUAAAAAUGAUGCAGAAAUUAGCUAGCUUCAUUUAAAUAUAUAUAUAUAUAUAUAUAUAUAUAUAUAAUGGCUGUUUUGGUAAUGUAGUUCAAUACAUUAUAUAUUACAAUAUAAUAUAUUAGAGUGUGUAAAUGCAUAUAUCGUGUUUUUAUUUGA